CCGGGAGAAGCGGGCGCGGGGGAGGCGGCUGGGGCCGGGCCCCUGGAGCCGUGGUGCCCGGCACCCCGAGGCGCCCGCCGCCCUGGCCGCGGGCUGAUGAAGGGGGUGUGUUGGAAGCGCUGUCAACAGCGAGGACCCGGUUGGGGAGGCGCGAGAGACGCAUUUCUUCUUCUCGGAUAAGGUGGUGCUUCUGUUUGAUUUCUGGGAUGUCCAAAGCCCUGCAGGCAUGGCCCUUUCGGUGUUGGUGAUCCUGCUCCUGUCUGUGCUGUACGAAAGCAUCAAGUUUGGCAAAGCCAAGCUACUCCACCAGAACCUGGUGAGCAUGUCCACCUGCACCAGCCAGCAGAACGAAGAGACGGACCAGAGUUCUUCUUCAAGCUCAGAGUUACCCCCGGCCAGCACACCCCGCCUCAGGUGGUUCUUGUGUCACUUUGGCCAGUCUCUAAUCCACAUCGCUCAGGUGGUCAUUGGCUACUUCAUAAUGCUGGCUGUGAUGUCCUACAACACCUGGAUUUUCCUUGGCGUGGUCCUGGGCUCGGCUGUGGGCUACUACCUAGCCUACCCGUUACUCAGCAUAGGUUAGCUGGCGAGGGCUGCGCAGGCACCGAGGCCUGGAGAAAGCUGGCGUUGUACUUCCAGGCUUAAGCCUCCUUCUGCUUUUGAUGGAUGGUCCUCACUGCUCCUAGAAACUUCCAGCUGAAGUCAAGACUCGCUCCCUGGAGUUCAGAUGCCAGUGCAGCCGCCUCUCCUCAGAGAGCCCAGGCCUGGUCUUUGUGCCUUAGGAGGCUGCUGUGACCAGCGGGGAGAUGGAGACAACAGAACCCAGGGGCUUAUCUGUGAUUCAAAACUUAACAAUUUCCAAAGAUCUUCAAGACAAGGAGGUAGGUUCUGGGUGAAGGACGUGGAACCCAGGUAUCCUUUGCUCUCCUGAUUUGUGCCUUACCCAGAGGGGCAUCUUCCAUCGGACUUCCUGGCCCCCUCUGUCUUUGGGGGACAGAGACCAAGCUGGCUCCUUUUCUCACCCUUCUGCCUUUGGAGCCCGAGAAGAUUGUCUCUUCUACGGGCCAUGCUGAUAGACUAAGAUUUCUCACUUUUCCCCACUGAACUCUUGGUUAGCAAUUUUGCACAAUAAUACAAUACAAAAAAAUUUUAAUGAAA